CAUUACAUUCCCGUCGUGGACUCCAUGACUAGGCACCACUUGGCCACCGAUUGGUAUCCACAUAAGGAAGUGAAGGUCUUUCCUCUAUCAAAGAGAUAUACCUCCGCUUUGGCGUGUCGCUUGUUCAUGAACAUCAGAGAUCUGGAGAUCGUAUCGAAGUUCGCCUACUCGUUUGCUCGAGUUGCUCCGGAGUUCAUCGCGGUGCCAAUCAAUAUCCUGGGCACGCCAUUCAACAGAGCAAUGGAAGGAGGAAAAGUUAUAAGGCAAGAGCUCUUGAACGUAAUUAGGCAAAGGAAGAUGGAGAUUUCGGAGGGAAACGACGCGAAUGCGAGGGACUUCUUGUCUCGAUGGCUUCUUGAUGGAGAUGAUGACGGGACCAUUUUCUACGACAUAGAUGCUACCAACAAGAUCAUGGGUUUGCUCAUUGCGAGCUAUGACACCACAGCAGUACUUCGAUCUCCGUCGUAG